AUGAAACCAACCUUCUCUUCCAAGCCAGACCUCCUCUCUCACAAACUCCUCGACCUUCCACCCCCUUCACCAUCCCGCCUCGUCAACGUCCCCGGUGUGCAUAAUCUACGCGACCUUGGCGGUCUACCAACCCGUUAUGGUCGCAUGAAGCGAGGAAAGGUUUUCCGUAGCGCACAGUUAGGCAACAUCACGCCCGAUGGAACAGCCAUUCUACGAAAUCUAGGCAUCAAGACGGUCUUUGAUCUCCGCUCGACAGGGGAGAGCGAGUUUCUUGACCCCUCGUUACGUGUGAAAGAGGUAGACGGAAUACGAACGGUAGCGGUACCUGUGUUUGCUCGAUCCGGUAGCUCACGAUCUAGGAUGCAAAGCUAUGCAAUGGGGGAGUUUGGCUUUCGAAAGGAAUACCGCGACAUCCUAACCUCCGGUGGUUCUGCAUUCCGUCCGGUUUUGCUACAUCUCCGUGAUAAUGGCUCCUCCGGCUGUCUAUUCCACUGUACUCUGGGACGAGAUAGGACUGGGAUCCUAGCGGCCGUGAUACUUGCGCUUAUAGGCGUGGACGAUGCGACGAUUGAGCUGGAUUACUGUUUGUCGGACCAGGGCUUGGCGGAUUGGAGUCCUACUUUGAAGGGAAUAUUGGGGGUCGAGGUUAGGAGAUACAUUGCAGUUCAUGAGGCGCAGGUAUGGUAG